AUGCUAUGACUUUUUCUUAGUGUAGCAUAUGGACUUGAUUGUUUUGAUCAUGCGUUUACUGAUUGUGAAGAAGACAACACACGCACAGCAAUAUUCUACCCAAACGGCAAAUGUAAUAGCACAGAAGAAAUCCCAAAACCAAUCACAAAUAUAUCAUGUGCAGUAAAUUGUCCAGCGGGGACAUUUUUAGAUGUUAACUUGACCUCAUAUGCCCCAAUUUGCGCUACCUGCCCAGCAAAUACUUACUCCCCCCCCCCCCCCUCCGUGAGCGAACAAAACCAUUAGAAAAAUCGCCAUUUUUUGACCAAAAACCCACCCUCCGUGAGUGAACAAAAAUUUUUUUAAUAGAAAAAAUUUUAAUGGAAAAAAAUUUUGAUAUAUAAGUGAUAAUUAGUAUAAUGAAAUCUAGAGCUAAUUCUGUUUAAUUUUAAACAAAUUGCGUUUUAAAAUAUAAAUUUUGCAAAUUAAAUUAAUAUUUGCUUCCCAAUUUUUGCAAAUUAGGAUUUUUUUAAAUUUCGAAAAAAAAUAUUUUUUAUAAAAAAUUUAUAUAUAAAUUUUUUUUUAAAAAAAAAAAAUAACCCCCCUCCGUGAGCGAACAAAAUUUUUUUUUUGUUCGCUCACGGAGGGGGGGGGGGGGAGUUAUAGCAUCGGGGGCGGAGAAAGGUUUUCAGGCGACGAAAAAGAUUGAAUUGAUUAUUAUUUAUCUUUUAGCACCUAUUGCUGGACGAUGGGGUAUUAUAACUGGGAGCUAAACUCAAAUUGCAGCCCAUGGUCUUCACUUGACGGUAACAAAAUAUCCUCUGGAUCAGCCAAUGAAGACACUUGGUUCGAAUCAAGCUUGGUUUAUCAUGCAUUUUUAGUAAAAAAUGGGACCGUGAAGUUCACCUAUAGAAAAGAUAUAAGCAUGCACAAUAACUCGACAAACGGACAGUUUCACGUAUAUAUAGAUGAUAAUCAAGCAUACAGAGAUAAUGAUAUUUCGCAGAUUGGAUGGAAAACUGUGACUUUAGACCUGACGCCUGGCCUUCAUAAUAUUGCAUUUACUUAUGAUAAGUAUUCUACUAAUGAAGAAAACCAAGCUGAGAUCAAGUAUUUUGAGAUCCGUGGCAUUCAGAAUGCUUCUCAUUUCUGCUCUCCUUGCCCUUCAGGGUUCAGCAAUCCAGGAUCUGAUGAAUGUGAUGUCUGUGGAAUGAACACUUAUUAUUCAACUAAUGCUAGCGAAAAAUGCUCACCUUGCCCUGAUGGCUUUUAUUCACUUCCAGGAAGCACAUCUUGAAGUGACUGCAGGCAAAGAAAAGAGUGCACCGCAAAUGACUAUUCUUGGAAAUUCAGCUCAUGCAUAAAUGGAUCAAGAAGCAAAGUUUAUUCUUGGAACUGCCCAAUGAUAUGCAAUAACAACACACUUGUGCUGCCGGAUGACGAAAACGGCAUUCCAUGCGAAACUUGUAAUGCAGGAUAUUAUCAUAAAAUUAUGAAUCAAGACACGUUAGAAACAGAAUGUGAACCAUGUCCAACAGGUACAUCAAUGACUGAGACACAAGCUGAAAAUCAAUGCGUAGAUUGCCAAGCUGGGUUUUACGCUCCUAAAGUCUUGAAUUUCACUCAUUGGAGCACUAUUCCUGCAGAAUUUGAAAAUCAUUGCAUACCUUCAAAUUCCAAUAAAUGCAGCUUAAGCUCAGGCUGGGAAGCUAGAGGGACUCAUAUUAGCUCUGGUGAUAGCGCAGACUUUAACUCAAAUAUUGUAUUGGUAAGAAGAGUUACUAUUACAGAAAAUGAUGCCUAUGUGUCAUUCAAUUUUUCAAUGAAAAAUGUAAUUUCCUAUGAAACAAGACUGCUAUUUUUUAUUGACGGGAUUUUGAAAGGAAGCUACCAUCAAAAUUCUGAAGGGUUUUAUAAUUAUUCGUUUCCACUUACUAAAGGCAUAAAAUCUCUCAAAUGGGACUAUCGGCAUUACUCUGUAGGAAUUAGUGACCCUAAAGAUGAAUGCAAAAUCUAUAGCAUUGAAAUUACUGGAAGCAAAGAAGGUGGGGCUCCUACAUGUGUUCAAUGUCCUGCAGGCCAUAUUUCUGUUGCAAAUAGUGAUGAAUGCACCCCAUGUCCAGCUGGAACAACUUCUGAUGAUUCCCAUAUAAGCUGUGUUGAGUGUCCAAAGGGAACUUUUUCUGAUUUGCCCGGCCAAAGUUGCACUGCUUGUCCAGAAUAUUCCAUUGUUAAUCAAAACCACACCGCUUGCAUAAUUUCUGACUACCUAAUCCUAAAAAACGGCACCUAUUAUAUAUCUCCACUUACAGGAAUUCAAGGAAUGAACGAAGGUAACCAAUCUCAUUACUGCAAUGACGAAAGCAUGAAGCUUUAUUGUCAUGACACUUUCUAUGGGCCAGUUAUGGCUAAUGAAGACUAUUUUUACUUAUCAGUUGUCAAUCCUUCCAAUUUUUCUCUUCCUACUUACUCAAAUUAUGAUUUUAUGAGAAAAGGGUACGCAUUUGGAAUUAUCAAUAAAUCGCAAAUCCCGUAUAGUUUUUUUUGCAUUUCUCAGUUGACUCAAGCUAUUCUACCUUUGAGGAUGAGGUCGGACUUUCAGUCAAUUGUUUUGAUUUAUUCACCAAAUAAAUUUUGUUUUCUAAAAAAUUGGCAAUAUAUCUUCAGGAGUCAAUAAAACCAUAUAAGAUAAAUUUAAAAAUUUUCGGAAGUUGGUAAUCAAAUAGAUGAGCUUGAAUAGUAUUUAAAGGUACUUUUUAUUCACGCAAUUAUAUAAGCCAAUAAUAAUCGACUGAAAAUCCAACCUAUCCUCAAAGAUAGAAUUCAACGGAAAAAUGAGAAAAAAGCUAUAUAUAGAAAACGACCCAACCCAGCCUUCUGCUGAAUGUGUAAAAGAUUAUAGCAUGGCUGUAGUGAAUGUAGGAUCAAGAUUGACAUCAAUUCAAGAAACCCCUACAGGCUUUGUCAUCAGUUAUGGUGCAGGCUCAAAAUGCAAAGCCGGCCUCAAUAAGCGAUUUAUUAGUCAGAUUAACUUUAUCUGUGACAAAACAGAAUCAGAAGGCUGGCCUGUUUUCCAAGGCCAAAUUGAUUGUGUGUAUGCUUUUAGAUGGAAAACAAUUCGCGCUUGCAAAAUAUGUACGUCAGCAAUGAUGAUAGAAAAAAGAAGCUAUUGUGACAAUGGAAAAAGGACUGUACAGCUCUAUGAAUCGCCCGACUGUGUCGUUGCAAAUGGGACAUCAUAUAAAAGCUGGGAGGAAAAAUGCAGCGUCAAUGAAGAUUUAAUCCAGACUUGGCAAGUCAUAGUAGGGCUUAUAUUUUUAGGAGUUUUAGUCAUCGUAUCAAUAGUUUUAUGCUUAUGCUUCUGCAAGUUCAAGAGAAAAUACACAAAACUUAUAGAGUAUCGUAUAGAUGACAAGCCACAGAUUAAAGAAAUUGAACUUGCCCAGUCUGAAUAA